CAGCCAGUGGGGCGGGCAGGGCGGGGGGGGGGGAGGAGGAGGAGAGGCUGGGGAUGAGUUGGAGGCAGGCACAGCCUCAGCGCAGGGAGAGAGGCUGCCGGAGACAGGCAGGGGGAGGCGGCGAGGCGCUCCGGAGGAGGCCAGCGCGUCGCGGGGGCGAGCGGCGGGGGCCGGCGGGAGAUCACACUCCAUAUUCACAACUAGAAGGAAAAGGAAGAAUUUCCUGACUGUCUGGAUUUCAAGGAUGUCAUUAUGUUGUAUUGGAUGAAUUUUAACUAGACAAGACUUCUUUUUGAAACACUUCAAGAAAGUGAGUGUGCCUGAGGGGACAGGAGCACAAGAGAGGAGAGACAAUUGAACAUCACCAUUGGCCGAGACCUGAAAAAAUGUUGCUGGAUGAACACAAGAUUAGAACUUAAUUGUAAAAGAGAAAGAAAGUCUUGAGAGGCGAUUUGCUUCAUUUUCACAUUCAUCAUGGCACAGAUCCUCUGGCUGGCUGGUUGAUGGAACUGUCCAACGCUUCCUAUUUAGGUUCAGUGCAGAUCCCUUCUGUGUACAAAUCGAAAGACCUGGGAUCAGGUGGUAACUGGAUGGUGCCAAAUAUGGAAAUGGAAAGAGAAAUGGACUCUGACGAGCUAAGAUGGAAGUGACUUGACAGCAACAAGCUCAGCAGUUGUCUCCAGUAAGGACAGGUUGAGACGGGAAUCUCAAGCUUCGCUGGGAGAGCAGUAUGCAGGAAGCUGGUUUUCAGGCCACAAAUGCUUUCACAGAGUGCAAAUUCACCUGCGCCAGUGGUAAAUGCUUGUAUCUUGGUUCAUUGAUUUGUAACCAACAGAAUGACUGUGGGGAUAACAGUGAUGAAGAGAACUGCCUGCUUGUAACAGAGCAUCCACCUCCAGGCAUCUUUAGCUCUGAACUGGAGUUUGUUCAAAUCAUCAUUAUAAUCGUGGUUAUAACUGUUAUGGUGGUAGUGAUCAUCUGCUUGUUGAACCAUUACAAACUCUCGACACGCUCUUUUAUCAACCGACAGAGCCAAAGCAGAAGACAGGAAGAAACUUUGCAGACGGAAGGGUGCUUGUGGCCUUCAGAAAGCUCAGUUUCGCGCCAGGGUGCUUCAGAGAUCAUGUAUGCUCCAAGGUCCAGGGACAGGUUUACCACCCCAUCUUUUAUGCAGCGGGACCGUUUCAGUCGCUUCCAGCCCACUUACCCUUACAUGCAGCAUGAGAUUGACCUCCCUCCAACCAUCUCCCUCUCUGACGGGGAAGAGCCUCCGCCGUACCAAGGUCCAUGCACCCUGCAGCUCCGGGACCCAGAACAGCAGAUGGAGCUCAACCGGGAAUCCGUCAGGGCACCACCCAACCGAACCAUUUUUGAUAGCGAUUUGAUAGACAUCUCGAUGUACAAUGGGGGCCCCUGCCCACCAAGCAGCAAUUCGGGCAUAAGUGCAACCAACUAUAGCAGUAAUGGAAGGAUGGAAGGACCACCCCCGACGUACAGCGAGGUCAUGGGGCAUUACCCAGGCUCCUCUUUUUUCCAUCACCAGCACAGCAACGUGCCUCCUUCCUCGCAGAGGGGGAGCAGACUUCAGUUUCAGCAGAACAAUUCAGAGAGCACAAUAGUCCCCAGCAAAGGCCAAGACCGGAAAGCAGGAAACCUGGUCUAAAGUUACUCGCCCAGGUGCAUUUGAACUGAAGACAGGAGAUCCCAGCAGGGUGGUGGAGGAAGACUCCCAUGUUCCGGUGCACAAUGUUGUUACGUUUCACGUGGUACAACUUAGUAAAACCAAACGUGCAAACCAGUUCUUUGUUUCUGAUUCCUUUCAGGGGAAUUGCAUGCAAAGCAGAUUGAAAGAAAUACAAACUUCCAUUCAGUUUGUCUAUGAGCAGUGUUUCAGGGGAGGGGGGGAUAUAUUAUUUUUUUUUUAAUAAACUAUUUCAAUUAUUUAAUUCUAAAAGUUAACUUAGCACAGAAAUGAAGGCUUGUACAGCCUGUUUUAUACUCACUGAAUGGCGGAAGGAAGAAGGUGGUUUUGCUAGAUAAAUGGGGGAAGAAUUGGCCAGUUUGCUUUUUUUUUUUUCUCCCAGGGUGUGGAUUUUUUUAAUAUGAAACAAAAUUCCUGUUCUGUGUGCCAAGGUAUAAAGUUGAGAACUUAGAUGAAUGCAAGGAAUUAAUUUGUGUUGUGAUAAAUGUGUUUUAAAAGGUUGCACUAUCUUAAUGUUUUAAAAAAAUAUAUUAUGAGGGAACUGUUUUAUGUGAAGUUCUUCUAUAUGUUGUCUUUUCACCUGUGGAAUAAUGAUAGAGCUCCAGAAGUAAUCUGGAGGAGUUUCCCCCCCUAUCCCUGGGUUUGCUAGAAAAUGGGGACAGGACUUAGCCUAACAUCUCUUGACUUUUACGAAUCAAGAAAUACAGGGACAGUUGUCUUUGCAAUAAUUUGCAUUCAAAUAACAGUGCAUCAGUGAAGUGUCUUGGAAACUUUUGGAUGGAAGAAGGCAAAUAUGAAAUCCCAGCAUUUUCCAUCACUUAAGGUUUAGCUAUUUUGCAGUGUAGACUAUUUGUUUUGUAAAUGGCAAAACAAAAAAUCCCAGAUGUGUUAAUUUGUAUUGAUUCUAACUAAGUGCUGCCAUCCUAUUCCUUUUCAUAAUGCAGUAUCGCCAGUACUUAACUGUUUUAGAGAUUUUUGUCCUCACUGUAGCCUGAAAUGUAUUUAGUUACAUAUCAUGACAUUAUGCAAUAAAUUGUUUGAAAAUGCAGGGUGGGUUUUUUUCCCCUGCAACGCCGUUAAAAUACGUGAGACUGUUGUGCUUUUCGCUCUCCAUUUCAUCCUUUUAGAUGCUGAAGUUCAGUCCUGGAAAUCCAUCCUGCUGAAGUGAAGGGGGACUUUGUAUCUAAAACUCCCCGUGUUGUUUCUGCAGCAGCACCAAGAGCCUCCAUGACAGUGGUGCCGGCUUCUGUGGCAUCCCUGGCAGUGACAUGGGAGCGCCAGUUAUUCUCACUGCAAACUCGUUUGCUCUGGGCCCUGUUGCAGAAACCCUUCUCCGUGUGUGUCAUCUGUCUGACGCCAGCAGGACUGUGCUCGUGGGUAAAGAUGACUCACAUAUUAACCAAGUGUCUGUAAGCCCUAGUUUUGCUAUACUGGUCUGAAGAGUAGUUGGAAAAUGUUACCUUGCCUGUAUCGUGGCGUCUGGGGUAUUCCUCCACUGGCUAUUCCCAUGUGGAAGCACACACAGUGCCAGCAGGUGGUUGACAAAUGGUGAUAGUGGCAUCACAAGCACAUGAAAAAGCACAAAUUGCACUUAAAAUGCAUUUCGGAAAUGGAUUUAAAGUAAGAAUCUUUAGAGUCUUAGCUUGAAUAGUUUCUAAUACAUAGGUGUAUAUGUGUCAUAGACCUUUCCACUUUAAAAUCUUUCACUUUUUUUCUGAUUUCCUAAGCCUCGUGCUUGGUUUCGGGCAGCAGCUGCUGAGUGCCCCGAGGGCAUUGGGGAGGAGUGGAGGAGUACUGUGCCCUGGUCCCAUGGCUGGAGGCUGAAUUUCUGCAGGACUUCUGUACACCAGGGGCUCUGAUAACUGAAGUGCAUCUUUGAUCUAUGCAGAGUUUUAAUGCCAAAACAGUGUGUGUGUGUGUGUGUGUGUUUUAUGGGCCUCAAUGUAGAUUUGUUUUCUUCAUAAGAUAAUUUGAUUUUAUUCUAGUUUAGAAAAUGUUUGUGUAACUGAAUAUGCAGCCCCAUUUGUCUCUGUAAUUGUUAUUUUGGUCUGAGUCAUGCUGGUAAUGCAGAGUAAAGCUGCCUUUUAAUGUAUGUAUUAUUUGAAGGGAGAGAUAGAGAUCAUGUGAUGGGAUUCAUUUACUUAUUUUCCACUCAGACCCAUAGGACAGGUGUUUAGAAGAUGACUAGGUGACGGUCAGUCAGCUAGGGCUCUCAUCAUGUCUGGUUCCUGGGAAUAAAAGCUGUGAAAUUAGAUUUUUGUGAACAACCUACGAACAUAAUUCUUAUAAUUCAACCAAAAAAAACCCCGAAGACAAAACCAGCAAAUGUUGGUUUUGGUCUUCAGUGACUUUUGUCACUUCAUAAGCGAGCCUUUAAGCCAGAGAAUGUGUGUGCCUACACAGAUACUGUGCUGUUGCCUAAAUGAGGAUUAUUUAGCCGAGAAGCCUUCAGGUGAAAACAGCUGGAACUCAGUUGUCAUGGCAGAGCACACCUGGAUGGGGCCCUGGGCUUGGGCUGGUUGAGUACCAACUUUUCCCCGUGUGCAAAUCUCAGCAAAGCAAGCCUUGAAGUUGCCUUCAAAGUUACCUCUUGGAAAUGUACUUUCUUUGAAGAUAGCCCUUUGCCCUCUUUUGCCAUCUCUGCAUGCCAGUGGUUUUAUGCACUUCCCAUUAACAUUGUCCAGUAUGCUGUCUCUUGAUUUUUCUUGGCUGAGAAAAUUUUUCUUUGCAUGAAAAAUGUAACCUGUUCCAGUUUCCUGUAGAAAAGAUUAGUUUAAAAAUAACUUAGUAUUUGCUUACCUGAUAGUUGCAUUUCCUUUUGCAUCUUAUCAUUCUCAUUGUAAAAUCAUAGAAUAUGCUGGGUUGGAAGGACACCCCAUCAGGAUCAUCGAGUCCAACUCCUGGCCCUGCACAGGGCACCCCAAGAAUUCCACCAUGUGCCUGAGAGCGUGUCCAAACGCUUCUUGAACUCAGUCAGGCUUGUUGCUGUGACCACUGCCCUGGGGAGCCCUUUCCAGUGCCCAACCACCCUCUGAGUGAAAAACGUUUCCUUGAUAUUCAACCUAAACCUCCCCUGACUCAGUUUCAUGCCAUUUCAUCAGGUCCUGUCACUGGUCACGAGAGUGAAGAAUGCCUGCCCCUCUGCAUCCCCUCAUGAGGAUGCUGAAGACUGCAAUGAGGUCUCCCCUCAGUCUCCUCCAGGCUGAACAGCUGCUCCUCAUACGGCUUCCCCUUAAGACCCUUCACCAUCUUUGUGGCCCUCCUUUGAAUACUCUCUAAUAGCUUAAUGUCGUAUUCUGCUUUUCCAGAUGUAAUGUACAGACACUAUACCUCUCAGCUCUGGAAGUGUAGUCACUUGUUGACUUGCUAUAGGUGAGCUUGCAACCUGCUACUUCUGUUUUGGGGCCUCUUGUAUUAUAGGAGUAAAUAUGCUAUUUUCUGAUGAAUAUUAGUGCUCUCCAGUAGGAGGGCUGUCAAUAAUGUAACAUUGGAUCAGUCUGUUUUUCUAUCAUUUCUUCUGUUGCAGUGGGAGAGAAUCUGCGCUUGCUAACAGAACAGAAUGGUAGAAAUACCAGAAUUAGAUAGCACCAUUGAUCUUUACAGGCUUAGAAAUUGGAGAGCUCUGAAGAUAGGUAAUUCUACGAAGCAUUUAUGGAAGAUGCCCUUUGAAAAUACCCAGAAUUAAUUGAGGGCAUUCCAGAGCCACUCAAAUGAAACUUUGUAUAAAUUAUAAAGAUUUCUGCAAACAUUGUAGUAUUAAUUGUGUAGAUUUUACGUCCAUACAGAUGUUUUGGUUUAUGUGUCUCAUGCACAAAACCUACAUAAUAUGUGUGUGGAGUUUUCUGUGUGAUGGAUCAUAUUUGCCUGAAUUCUGGUUGCACCUUCUGACUUUUGCCCACUAAACUGCGUUCCCAAAAUUCAGUACAAUGAUGUCUCUACUUUAGAAAUUUUCAGGUUAAAAGAUUAUUUUUUCUUUUAAAUGUGCUUUUAUGAAAUAAAGCGUUGUGACCUCUAUCCUACUGUAAAGGUUAAUUUUUCUCUUAUGUGGCUUAGCAUGGCUCCCUUCUUGGUGCUAAAUAUGCCCCAUCUUUGGUGUUUUCAUAUGACCUUUCAGGGCUAGAAAAGGCAGGAGGUUUAGCAACAGAACAAAAAGGUUUCUCUCCCAGUUUACCAAUGGAGCACUCAGCACUUAGCUCUAAUUCUGUAUAUAUGUUUAGCAAAGUUGUGGUUGGGUUUGUCUCAGUGCUGUACAAGCGGACUAUAUGUAUGUGAUGCUGCUUAAAAGGUGUGAGUGAGGGUUGUGAAAAGUGGUACCCAGCCAACAGUGCAGUGUUCAGAUCCCUUUCCUGUAGUGUGUGGCAUGUGCAGAAUUCAUGGUACUUUGCAUAGUAGGAUGUUUUUGUCAGGGAGGAUCUACUUAAGUUACUCCUGGUCUUGUCACUGAUGAACUCUGCACUAGUCUCAGUCUGAUGCGACUUUAUUACAGUAUGAUUUUUCCUUUUAAGUAUGAAAAGUCAAACACAUGCCUCAUGUACAAGUUUUUGGUGGCUACUGAGGAAGAUAUUUGCAUUCCUGCAGUCGUGGAAUCUGCAGGAACCAUGGGGUCAAGCUGUGUUUCAUUUGGCUCUCUGUUAUUGCUUGCCCACUUCUCCCACCAGUUUGUCCCAGUUGGAAGCUGCUUCUCUUAUGCCAAAUCUCUGAAUGUUCAUAUUGCAGACCUGACAUUUUUUAAAAACUGUCACUGAGAUUUUGUUUUUUCUUCUGUGAAUGUGGUGCAGGGAAGGGUAAGGAGCGAAAUUGUUUAUCAAAGAAUGCACUUUGCAAUAGGGAAGAAAGCCUUGUCCUGCUGGAGAGUCCCAUGUGUAGGUGUCUGAAACAGUGCUAUCUGAGGCAGUUGUUUCUAACCCUGCCAGGUAGUGAGGUAUUGGGUUUUAAAACUGACACUCUGAUCUGUAAGAUAUGUUUGAAUGGUUUGGAGAAGAUUGAUUGCUAACCUUUUUCUGACUCUCGAGUCCUGAAUGUUCAUGUAACUGAGGUAACCUGAUUUUGUAUGCAAAGAAAAAAGCGUGCUGUUAAAAAUAGAUAUGCUCCAAAAUUUUUCUUUGCUUCCCCCCCCCUCACUUUCCCCAAGGAUAAACAAUAGGCUUGCUGGCACAUUUGAAAGUAUUUAAAGUAUUUGGAAUUAUUCACAAGUUCUCUCUGGUUGUUAUCAUUAAAUCAUGUCCAUGCAUAUGUGUGUGUAUACAUACAUAUCUGCAUGCAAACUUGUCCCCUUGAUGAUCUCUGUACUAGUUGCUAUUCCAUAAUCACCUUCCAGAAGUGCUUAAUGGCUAUAUAUUGUGCUCUCAGGAAUGACCACAGGUCAUUUAUCUAACUGCUGGAAGCAUGAAGAAUAUCUGCUUUUCAGUCCUAUAAAUGUCAUGACCUAUGUCUUUAUCAGUAGCAGAGUUUCUGCUGCACCAGUUCUUGCCUGUCACCUGGUGCUCUACUGCAUCUUCCAUCCAACAGCUGUUUGCUUUUGGGUGAGCUUCAAAAAGUCCUUGUGCUUUGUGAUAACACUAAUGUCGACCUCAUGUGUUGAUGUACAGGAAGGAAAUGUACUUAAUGUAGUCUAAAUCUCAGAAGCAUGUUUUUUCAAACCUAGCUGAUGCUGAGAACUGAGUGAUCCUUCUGUACAGUAGGUUCAGAUGAAGGCUGUCUUUUGAUUACAUCUUUGUUUUUUAGAUAAAGGCUGUUGCACAUAGUUUAAUUACACAUAUCUGGUCUUUUCCUGCACUGUGUGGCCUGCUUGCCAACCAGUGUAAUUACAACUUUUCUCCUAAACUAGCCCCAAAUGUAUCAAUCAUUUCAAUCCCUGGAAACAGAGACUCUUACUGAGUUCUCCGAGACCUGUUGAGGCCUUUUAGAGCAUGGAGAAGUCACUUGUGAGGGUGUGUUGAACUUAGAGAGUUUUCCUGUCUGAAGACUGUUCCACAUGUUUUGUUGGGAAAUUCAAGUUUUGAGACUGUGUCGACUGAAAAUAUUGGUUGGUAAGAUUUAUUUUUUUUAUACUUAAUAUAUUGUUUGCCAGCCUGUGCUCAGUAAUCAGGGGUGUAAAUUACCUUUUGACCCACCUCUGAUUGACAUUGUUGUGCUGGCAAAAGCCCCACUGGGCACUCUUGCACCAGCAAAAAAAAGAGUAAUGUUCUUAGUACAGCUCUAGGGAAUUAACAGAAGCUGCACCACUAAGUUCAUCCUCCAAAACUAACAUCAGACCUGCAUUGCUUCUUCCCAACAAACCGUAGCUGUAGGUGUUUUGAUGAAAUGCUUUGCCACACUAGUAAGUACCACAGACAUGCGGUGGAGGAGCCUACUGGUUGUUCCUUGAAAUCACAACCACUGGCAUCAAAGAUAUUUCAAGGCUGCUUGAAAGGGAAAACCAAGGAUGAUUUUGUAUUGAGAAACGUUGCAAACUCUUGGCUCUUCCUUCUGCCUUGCUGAUGUCUCUUCCAUUUGUAGACUGAACACAAGCAACCUGGGUAUUGCUAGCAUUGCUUUCCUGUUAUAAAAGAGCUUACCUUUUUAUGUUGGUUAACAAUAAAAAAAGCAAAACUGUAACCUAGACAUCCCCUUUCCUCUGACAGCUGUGUGCUCUGACUGCCAGAGGUGACGCUGUCACUUCUUUGCUAUAUUGCUGCUGCUGCUGCUGUUUUAAGUGGUUUGGUGUGUGAGCUUUCUGAAACAACCUGAUGUGUGUAGGAUCUCGUGGGUGACGAAGCUGUCUCUCUUCUUCCCUUUUCUCCUUGGUUUGUGCUUGUCUGUCUGCUGUGGUAGGUUUGUUAAUAAAUUAUAUACGUCCUUAUUAGAUAUAAUUUUGAGGAGGUUUGCAUGUCUGUAGUUUGUAAGCAACUAAGGUGCCUCAUGUUCAGGUCUGAGCAGAUAGGAAUCCCCUUGCACUUGAGAGGGCCUGAUCCAAAGCUGACUGAAGUUGGUAGGAAGACUUGACAGCUUCAGGGGGCUUUGGAUCAGGCCUUACGCUCCCACCUUUGUUGUGCCUCACUUAAAAUGGUGCUUUUUCAGUUGUCUGUCUUUUUUCUGGUUUGGUUUUUUUUUUUUCUUUGUAUGGUGCUGUGUAUAACUUGAAUAUAUUAUGCACAUAUCCUACCCAAUGGGUAGAACAAACAAACAUACAAAAACAAAUAGAUGUUGUUAAUACUGUAAAAUAAUGUAUAGAUUAUACCAAUUUUAACACAAAAAUGGCAUAAACUUUGUGAAUGCCAGCUUCUGUGCUUGGUCCUUUUUUUGUAAGAAAAUCUGCAAAUGAAUGCAUACAAAUGACAAAAAGUCUAUGUAUUUUAUUUUCCUAUUAAAUAUCAAUAUAAUAUCAUAAGGGAAAAAGAUUGAACAAAUCCUUUUUGACUAGCGUGUGUAUAGUGAUUGGUUGUUUGAUGCAUCUUUGCUGUGAAGAUUUGUUCCUUUUUUUUUUUUAAAUGUGUCACUUUAAAGAAAAAAAGGAAAAAACACAAAACAAACAAAACCUCCACAGCUUUAACCUUGCAACUAGAUGCUUCUUGUGUUGGUUGUUGCCUUGCUAUUGCUGAGUUGGAUCAGUAUUAGUAACUGUUUCUCCAGCAGACAUGUUAUUUAUUACUAUCCAUGAUUACCUUUUUUUUUAUUAUUUUGGUUUUUAACUUAGAAAUGGACUAAAACCUUUCAAAUCUUUUUAUCCACAUCCUAGAUUUGAAGUGAAGCUCAUACAAGUGGGAACUGACCCAAACCAUCCCUGCAAAAUCAAAAAUAGGCCAAAUGAGAGUUCUGUGACAACAGCCAGCCCUUGCUCUGUGCCCAUGACUGGUGUGUGAUCCUGCCACUACAGACUGUCUUCAGGCUUGGUGUGUAGCUGUGAAUUGUGCUGUUGCAGGGUGUGAGCCUUAAGGGUGGACGAGAACAGCCACAGUCGUUAGCAAGCUGAAUGCAGGGUUUGAGUGUGAGCUUUUGAGUUGGCAGCUCUGCUGCUGUGUUGGCCUCUGACAGCAAUGGCUUAUCCCAGUUUCAUAUUUAAGAUUACAGAGAAAUGCUUAGACCUGUUCAAACCCAACCCAAGAAGUGGUGUGGAAAGCAAUUUAACACUUUAGCUUUCUGCCAGGCUCCCUUGGCAAUUUGGUUCUCCCCCGGCAUCUCCCUGCGUUUGGCUGUCCAUCCCUGUGUCCUCUCACGCUCUUCAGUAAAGCAAAUACCUCAGGAAAACUCAACAUGAAGUUCUAGUGUAGAGACUUGCAGAUGCUGUACUUAUUUUUCUAAACUGUUUGUUCUAACUAUCCCAGGACAGUAGUUGAUAUAAAAGUUUAUCGGUCCGAGACAGACUAGUCCUCUCACAGAUGGAUACUGACUAAUCUUUCAUAGAUACUCAUGUCUGUAGGUAGCUUUUUUAUACUUGUCAGGCUUUAACCACAGACAUAAGGUAGCAGCGUGUUGGGUUACGUUUGAGAUGCUGUUUUUGUUUGGUUUUUCAGAUGACUAGCUAAACGCUGUGCUAAAACUCAGGGGGUCCUACCUGGGCCCAAUGAAGUCAGUAGUGAGGCUUCCUCUGGUUUGAGUGGGCUUUCAGUCCAGUCCAUCAUGCUGGAGGAUGGUGCCUUGGAGCACAAUCCUUCACUGCUUCCCUGUCAACCUGAAACAUCAGCUACACCUUUGUCUGUAAAUAUCUUUUUAAAAGCCCUCACAGGAGUCCUGUAUCUGAAUGUUGAUCAUGGUUGUUUUGGUUUUGUUUUGUUUUUUUUAAAGAAGUGUCUGAAUUUUUUUAUGGCCAGUUCUGCAUCAUCAAGCUCUUACAGGUAGCUUGUAUCCACCCCUCUGUGUGCUGAGCUGUUCUGUCAGUAAGCAUGUACCAUAGGUAAAUAUGCAUAUUUUAUGAUUGUCACUUGUUAAUUCAUUUAUUGUUUGUCAGGGCAUGGAGUAAUUGUUUUGGAAGUAUGGCUUGCCUGGCCACCUUCACGUUUCUGAACUGCACUGCAGUACCACUUCUGUGCAUGAAGGAGGAAAAACAAAUAAAAAACCCCUGGCCUUGACUAGGAAGACUGUACAGAGCAAACCUCCUGCUGGAGGAAUCUAGUGUAGGAUUUAUCGUAACAAAACUUGCAUAUUGAGUGGACCAAACAUGAGCAUGUCUCCUUUUAGAGGCACUAAUUUGCUUUGAAGCUGCAGUGGAAAGAGCAGACUAUCUAUUAAGUGUAUUCACAGCUGUGUUCACGCUUUUCCAUUUACCACAAAGCACAGCAGGCAGCCAAGAUUUUAAAAGAACUAUAAGCAGAAGUUAAGAGAGCCUCAGGCAUCAUAGACAUGGACAGCAAAAAUUAAUAAUAAUAAUUUUUAAAAGUCACUUUAAUAUUCUUUAACAAAGCUUUUCUACUUAUAGUAUAAAGACUAUGUAAGCAUUGAUAGGGGUUUUAUCUUUGUAUAACUAUCAACUGCCCAAUGCUGCUGUGCUCAGAGCAUUUCAUGAGGGUAUGUACAUCAGUCAGGCUGUUACACUCAAAAUUAACCAUCAGAUGCCUGUUUUUAGAGUGUUACCCUUUCUUUGUUGUUUCUUGCUAGUUAUUUUACAGUGUAAAAUGCUUUAUUGCUGUAUGGAUUUUUUUUUUCUAUUUCCAACCUUGUGGCUUUCAAGAUCACAUUUUCAACACAUCUCUUAUUUUUGUCCAUUUUCUUUCAAGCUAUUCUGAAAUAUGUACAGCACUAUCAAAAAUAUUUAAUCUUUCUUUUAAAUUUUAUUGUAAAAACAAAGCUGUUAAAAACAGUAAGUCUUUUUACAACUGUGUUGGAAUUUCUCAAUAGCUGUUCAUGUGAUGCUAUGACAAACCUAGCUUGCUUUGGUUUUAUUUUUUUUAAUUUUAUUUUCUGUUUAACACAAUUAAUUUGUUGCUUAUUUUCCACUGUAACUCCCAGUUAUAUACAAGAAAAGAUUUCAACUGUUGUGUAUCUGACUCUUUUAAUUGAGCAAAUGGUGAUGUCCUAGUUUUUAGACCUAAGGUCUGUUCAUUGCAAUACUUUUAAAGGAAGAUGUUGCUCUAAGUGCUGUUGUUAGUUUUAAAUACAGAUUUUAUGCUUGUUCUUAAUAUGCUGUGGUUAAACCAUGGCACAAAAUUAUUAAAAAUUAUUAAAUGCA